AUGGACUUGCAGAUAAAUAUAGACAUUGUAAAGAUUUCAAGACCAAAGCUGAUGUUUAAUGGAAGUAGUGUAUGCGUCGAUUCAGUUGCAAGAUGUGGUAUGCUUAACAUGAAACAGUUUAAUGGAUUGUAUGGCUGCACGUAUUGCGAACAUCCUACCGAAGCUGUCAAUGGAGUUCGGAAGUAUCCCAUUCAACAUUCUCCCCCUCCAGAAAGAAGUGAUUCAUCAAUCAAGAAUCAAAUGGUUAUGGCUUAUGAGAGCAAUGCAAAAGAUAUUAAAGGCGUAAAGGGUCCGUCGAGUCUCAUGAAUUUACGAUAUUUCGACUUAGUAAAUGGGAUGAUUUUAGAUUACUUGCACUGCUGUCUGUUAGGUGUAGCACAAUUAUACACUAAUAUAAUUUUUUCCAAUGCAACGGAAAGUUAUUACGUAGGAUCACCUGAUAAAAUAGCAAUUAUUGACAAAAGACUAUUAAGUAUGAAGAGUCCAUCUUGUGUAGCAAAAAUUGCUCGAAGUGUGAAGGAAAAAAACAUGUGGAAGGCCUCGGAAUGGUUUGCUUGGAUAAUCUUUUAUGCUCCAUUAUGCUUACGAAAAAUAUUUAAAAAAAAGUAUUAUAGCAAUUUAGUUAUGUUCUCAACAGCAAUGGAAAUAUUAUUACAAGAUUCUGUAAGUUCUGAAAUGAUCGAAACAGCUCAAAAACUGCUUAUUAUUUUUUGUGUUGAAUUUGAAAACUUAUACGGUAGAAACUACGCUCAUUAUAACGUUCACUUAUUAUUACAUUUAUGCAAAACAGUUAAAAAUUGGGGACCAACGCAGAACUGUGGUAUGACUGAGCCAACGGUACUGUUUUAUGGCAGUGGCUUUGUUGAUAUUGCCUCCGAUAUUACGAUGGAUGACGAGUCACAGAACAUUAGCUUCAAUCAACUCGAUACUAAUAUUUUGAUAACAAUUGCCCCCCACAAGAACACUGAGAGUCAACCUGAUCAGCAGACUGAUCUGGAACAGAAUUCACUGUUUGAAAAGGUUUCGUCUAUUGUAUGCUAA